UUCCAUUUGGCCUAUGAAUUCACUUUCUUUACUCUCUCUCUCUAGCUACCAACCUCUUCUCACUCUUAAUUGUAUGUAUAUGCAUAUAUAACCUCCAUCCCAUCUUCAAAACCAAAAAAAGAAACAUACCCAUCUCUCCAUUUGUCACCAAUUCUAUUGGGUGUCGAUCAAAAAUGGCUUUUUCUUCAAAUAUGGCCAUAUCUCCAAGAAAGCUUAGAUAUGAUGUGUACUCGUAUUCAUAUCAACAUGACUCUAAAACCCCUUUGGUCAUUUCAGUUCUUGCUUCCCUUAUUGAAAGGACGUUGGCUAGAAACGAGAGAAUUGGUAGAAAAUGUGGGUACUUAAGUGCUAAACACAUCAAUGCUUCCAAAACUAGGGUUUUUGAUUGCAACGAAACCCCAGAUAUGACGAUUCAAUCGUAUCUUGAAAGGAUCUUUAGGUACACCAGAGCUGGGCCGUCGGUGUAUGUCGUUGCAUAUGUGUAUAUUGAUCGGUUCUGCCGGUCACUGCCGGAUUUCCGGAUAACCGGCCGGAAUGUGCAUAGACUUCUGAUCACAACAAUUAUGGUGGCUUCUAAGUAUGUUGAAGACAUGAAUUACAGAAAUUCAUACUUUGCAAGAGUUGGAGGCAUAACAACAGAAGAAAUGAACACAUUAGAGCUCGAGUUUCUUUUCUUGAUGAACUUCAAAAUGCAUGUAAAUGUGAGUGUUUUCGAGAGCUACUGUUGCCAUUUAGAAAGGGAAGUGAGCAUCGGAGGUGGUUACCAUAUUGAGAAAACGUUACGAUGUGCCGAAGAAAUUAAAUCUCAACAAAGAGGGUACAAUCAGAUCGCUCGAAUCACUUUGUAAAUCGAAGCCUUUUUUUCGUGUUUCUUUAUGUAUAAUUAAAUAGAAAUAUAUGUACAAAGAAAGUCUUGAAGGGUUUUUUUGCUUCAAACAAAGUUUACUUGUGAUUGACUAC